GUUCCAUUUGAGCCGCAAUAUUACAUAAUACCGACCCGGACCUAAACUGCACAGGAUUUCGUCAAAAUCGGUCAUAGCUACCCGAAUAAUCCGCAAUGUCGCAGCAGUACCUACUGAAAUACAAACUUGGAGGUUCCCGAAACGGUUAAUUAUUCGUUUUAGGUGGUUUUCUUUUCGUACAGGCCGACACGAAUCCCUAUUUGCGGUAUUGUUUUCCCAACCGCAGUUAAUAUGAAUCCCAACCUCUCCGGAACUGUAAACGUCUUUAAACUCCUGACGAAACCAUCACUAUGUCUUCCUCACGCAAUAGCCUCCACAUUCAAUGAUAUACCAACACCUCUCAGCAAAGCAUUCGAAGGUCAAGGCAAGGAAGUAGAUAUCAGGGCCGUAGUACUUGACAAGGACGAUUGCUUCGCUUAUCCUCAUGCCAAUGAGGUAUAUCCUGCUUAUUUGGAAAGAUUCCAGAAACUUCAAAAAGAAUACCCUGGUCAUCGACUACUCAUAGUUUCCAAUACAGCUGGUGCGAGUACUUAUGACCCUGAUGGACGCCUGGCAAAGGAGGUUGAGGCGACUACUGGAAUUCCCGUGCUGUCUCAUAGUGUAAAAAAGCCUGGCUGUGGUGCCGAUAUACUAGCUCACUUCAAAGCCCACCCUGAGGUUGGCGUGACACAUCCAAGCCAAAUUGCUAUCGUCGGAGACCGUCUAAUGACUGACAUUAUGUUGGCCAAUAAGAUGGGUAGCUGGGGCUUAUGGAUCAAGGAUGGUGUCAAACCAUUGGAAAAGAAGAGCAUAUACGCUAAAAUGGAGCAGCGUCUCUGGCCGUAUUUAAUGGCACGUGGUCACCGUGCCUCUAAUCCAAAAUCCCCGUUUGAGUAAUCUCUCCAUAUAUUACGUCAACUCUCUCAGCUUAGAUCGUAUCAGCCGCAAGGCUUGCAGGGUCUUUUUCUCCUAUAUUUGGUGACUACCUGUCAGGUUUUUAUAAUCUCCCAAGCUUAUAUAAGAGGAAAUAUAUCCCUCCACGUACCUAGCAAGUGAGAAUAUUAAGCUCCUUGGCUAAACCUCUCUUUAUCAUUUGCAAUAUUAGGGUGCGGAUAAUGUUUUAGUAGAGACAGCCUAUUAGUAGGUACCUAAUUCUAUUUAUACCUUGUUAAUUUAAUAUGAAGUAUAUCAAGCUACGGUUUAUAUUUAUUUCCAU